CAACAGCAAUAUUCAUCUUGCUUCCUCCGUCCUCCUGACCAGUCUCUGCUUAUCUUUCCCUUCCUCAGAUCCGCUCUCAAUCAAAUAAAAACAAAACUAUUUUUAUGAUUCAAGGAAAAAAAGCUUCUGAUUUAAUAAAUUAAACACGAAUUAAUAUUUUUUUCCCCUUUCAUUGGAACGGACAAUUUGGAAUAUGGAAACAACGACGGCGUUGAAGAAGGCGGGAGGCGAGGGAAGACAUGAGAAAGAAGGGUCGGAUGGCAGCACCGGAAGCAGCAGCAACGACAACAAUAACAGAAACAAUAGCGGCGGUCAUAAACAUAGGCAUAGCAGAAGCAUCAGCUAUGGCGGGGAUGAGAGGGGGAUUUUUGAAUAUUUCGGGUGGGUGUAUCAUAUAGGAGUCAACUCGAUCGGCCACGAGUAUUGCCAUCUUCGCUUCCUCUUUAUAAAGGGCAAAUACGUUGAAAUGUAUAAAAGAGAUCCUCACGAGAACCCCGGCAUUAGACCAAUCAGGAAGGGUGUGAUAGGACCUACACUGAUGGUGGAGUUAGGGCGUCGCCCAGUCAAUAAUGGGGAUCUAUAUGUUAUACAGUUCUACAAUCGAUUGGAUGAGUCCAAGAAAGGAGAAAUUGCGUGCUCCACAGUUGGAGAAGCUCGAAAAUGGAUGGAGGCAUUUGAUCAUGCCAAGCAACAGGCUGAGUAUGAACUUUCAACAGGAGGUAGUACCAGAAACAAAUUAUACAUGGAGGCUGAUAUUGAUUUAGAAGGCCAUCGACCUCGAGUAAGGCGGUAUGCGCAUGGGCUAAAAAAGCUUAUAAGAAUUGGACAAGGUCCGGAGAUGCUUUUGCGGCAAACUUCCAACUUGGGUGGUAAUGGUACAUCAGAUGGAUACUUUGAAGGGGAGUUUGGAGAUGCAAUUGAAGCACAUGAAUGGAAAUGUGUUCGUACAAUCAAUGGUGUUAGAAUCUUUGAGGAUGUGGCUGAUUCGAAGAGUGGAAAAGGUGCUCUUGUGAAGGCUGUUGCUCUGGUAGAUGCAAGUGCAGAUACUGUUUUUGAAGUAAUCUUAAAUCUGGAUCGCCAUAAAAGAUAUGAGUGGGAUAUGUUGACAGGUGACUUGGAGCUGAUAGAUUCUUAUGAUGGACACUAUGAUGUUGUCCAUGGAACAUAUGAUCCAAAAUAUCUUACCCGAUGGCAAUCCAAGAGAGAUUUUGUCUUCUCUAGGCAAUGGUUUCGAGGGCAAGACGGAGCAUACACAAUUUUGCAAUUUCCAGCUGUACAUAAGAAGCAGCCUCCAAGAUCUGGAUACCGACGUACAACAAUUAAUCCGUCUACUUGGGAGAUUAGAAGUUUAAAUGCACCCAUGGGUUCAAACACUGCAAAAUGCCUUGUGACGCAGAUGUUGGAGAUUCAUAGUGCCGGUUGGUGUCGAUGGAAGAAAAAUAGCUGCUCAAAGUUUGAAAAGACCAUCCCAUAUGCUUUAUUAUCCCAAGUUGCAGGUUUAAAGGAAUAUAUUGGAGCAAAUCCAUCACUCAAGUGGGAAUCUUCCACCAUUGUCCAAUCAAAACUUUCUGAUGUUUCAAUUUCCAGUGGUGAGUUUGAGGAUGUAGAAUUGCAGGAUGAAUUUUAUGAUGCAAUUGCUGGUGAUUCUUCAUCAUCAUCAGAGGAUGAAGACAGCGAGGGUGGUGCAGGCAAGGAAAGGAAAAUUAAGCUGAAGAAUGUAUCUUGGGCCAUCUCAAGCUUAGCUUUGAAGCGAGCUUCAGCUCCAGAUGCAAAUAAGGAAUUAGAUCCUAGUGUACCUCCUGUCCAUAUUGAUGCAAGUCAAUUCAAUGGUUCCCUCCACAAAGGAAAGGAUGAGGCUGACACAAAUUGUUGGACUUCUCCUAGUGGUAGGGGAUUUAUGAUCAGAGGAAAGACUUACUUAAAAGAUAAUGCCAAGGUAAUGGGUGCAGAUCCCCUUCUCAAGCUCAUAGCUGUUGACUGGUUCAAAGUUGAUAUAGCCACAGAUAAAAUUGCAUUGCACCCGAGGUGUCUGGUUCAGUCAGAUGCUGGAAAAAAGCUUCCAUUUAUCCUUGUGAUUAAUCUUGAGGUUCCUGCAAAACCAAACUAUAGUUUGGUCCUCUAUUAUGCUGCUGAAAGGCCUGUGAAUAAAAAUUCUUUAUUGGGAAAGUUUGUGGAUGGAACGGAUAUGUUUCGUGAUGCAAGAUUUAAACUGAUUCCAAGCAUUGUUGAGGGGUAUUGGAUGGUUAAGCGUGCGGUUGGAACAAAAGCUUGCCUACUUGGGAAAGCUGUUACCUGCAAAUAUUUCAGACAGGACAACUUUCUGGAGAUUGAUGUGGAUAUUGGGUCAUCAUCAGUAGCAAGAAGUGUUAUCGGCCUCGUCCUUGGAUAUGUCACAAGCUUAGUAGUAGAUCUUGCAAUUUUAAUAGAGGCAAAAGAAGAGGCAGAAUUGCCUGAGUACAUUCUGGGCACUGUUCGACUAAAUCGUGUGAGGCUUGAAUCUGCUAUACCACUGGAGUUUUGAGGUUUUGCUACAUUAACAAUCUUUAAUCAUCUUGUGCUCCUAGGUUACUGUCACUAUGUGUAGGGUAAGACUAUCAAAUGGGUUGUUCCAGAUUUUAUAUCUUUUCAGUAUUCAGUUUACUUGAUUUGAGGGGAUAACCGUUGGGUUCAUACUUUACCUGUUGCUGAGUUAUGUUGUGCUUGGUAGAUUCAGUGGCUAAAAAGUUGGCUGUAUUCAUCCUUGACCAAUAUCAUAUUUGGUGAAGAACAAUGGAAUAUUUUGUACAUAAACUUUACAUUACUGAAUUUGGAACACCCUCCGGUAUACAUUCCACAUUGUCACUUGAGACUUACUUGGAAGAGCCUUUGGAAUUUAUUGUAAUCCUUUUAUCUAAACACAUUUGUUACAAUAUUUUGUUUGUGAGUUA